CCCUUUCUCAGCGCGGCCAGAGGGAGGAGAGAACCGGGGUUCGCCGCGAGCCUUCGAGAGCAGCGGGCGCCGAGGAAGCGGCAGCGGCUGGCGCGAGCGGCGGCGGCACAGGCUUGGGGGCCAGCCAGGCGCGCAUCCCCGGCGCCCUGCGCAGAGGAGAGCUCGGCGGGCCUCGGGAGCCACAGGACAGGAGUGGACAAAGCAAGAUGGCAGGGAUCUUAGCCUGGUUCUGGAACGAGAGGUUUUGGCUUCCGCACAAUGUCACCUGGGCGGACCUGAAGAACACCGAGGAAGCCACCUUCCCGCAGGCGGAGGACCUCUACCUCGCCUUCCCGCUGGCCUUCUGCAUCUUCAUGGUGCGGCUCAUCUUCGAGAGAUUUAUAGCCAAACCGUGUGCCAUAGCCCUCAACAUUCAGGCCAGCGGGCCGCAGAUUGCCCAGCCAAAUGCCAUUCUGGAAAAGGUCUUCACUGCAAUUACAAAGCAUCCCGAUGAGAAGAGAUUGGAAGGCCUCUCCAAGCAGCUGGACUGGGAUGUUCGAAGCAUUCAGCGCUGGUUUCGGCAAAGACGCAACCAGGAGAAGCCCAGCACCCUGACGAGGUUCUGUGAGAGCAUGUGGAGAUUUUCCUUUUACCUGUAUGUAUUUACCUACGGAGUUCGGUUCCUGAAAAAGACCCCCUGGCUAUGGAAUACAAGACACUGCUGGUACAACUACCCCUAUCAGCCUCUCACCACUGACCUUCACUACUAUUACAUCCUGGAGCUGUCAUUUUAUUGGUCCUUAAUGUUUUCCCAGUUCACUGAUAUCAAAAGGAAGGACUUUGGCAUUAUGUUCGUGCACCACCUUGUAUCGAUUUUGUUGAUCACCUUUUCAUAUGUCAACAAUAUGGCCCGAGUAGGGACCCUGGUCCUCUGUCUUCACGACUCAGCUGAUGCUCUUCUAGAGGCUGCCAAAAUGGCAAAUUACGCCAAGUUUCAGAAGAUGUGUGACCUCCUGUUUGUUAUGUUUGCCAUGGUUUUUAUCACCACCCGGCUGGGUAUAUUUCCUCUCUGGGUGUUAAACACCACGUUAUUUGAAAGUUGGGAAAUCGUUGGACCUUACCCUUCCUGGUGGGUUUUUAACCUACUUCUCUUGCUAGUGCAAGGGCUGAACUGCUUCUGGUCUUACUUGAUUGUAAAAAUAGCCUGCAAGGCUGUUUCAAGAGGCAAGGUGUCCAAGGAUGAUAGAAGUGACAUUGAGUCUAGCUCAGAUGAGGAGGACUCAGAACCUCCAGGGAAGAACCCCCACACCGCAACAACCACCAAUGGGACCGGUGGGACCAAUGGGUACCUGCUGACCGGUUCUUGCUCCAUGGAUGAUUAAUUACUUAAAACUAGAAGUCCUGAACAAAGUGAACUGUUUGUUCCUGGAAGUAUUUAAUAAGUUGCAAAUGCAGUUCCUUUCAUAAUAUUUCAGCACCAGAAACAAAAAUUAGGAUUAUCAAAGCAUUUUGAAUAGUGCACUGCCAUAUGUCCUGUCUGUGAAUGAAGAAGAAAUACCAUUCUCUCUAUGUAGGCAUGCUGUAUGUAAUUGACACAAGGGAACAGUAUUUGCAUUUGUACUGUCUUAGAAUAUUAUUUAUUUUUUGUAUGUUUGUAAAUCUGUGGACAAAAGAGGGUUUUCUUGCUCCUUUUACUCCCUGGGUUCAUGACAGUGAAGGAGAUGUUAUAUCUGCUUCUGCCUCUUUCUCUUGCUGUAGUCCAGUGUGCCAUGCGCAUCAGCUUAGUUUGUUGCUUAGCGCAAGCAAAACCCAGUGCGAGGUCCCCACACAGCGCCGAUAGGUUUGCUUUCUUUGCAUUACUGUGCCCAUUUCGAAGCCAGAUAAUAAGUCUCCGUGAUCAUCCUUCCAGUGUGAAGCUUAAGCAGGAUCAGAUAGGUUUUUAAAUUGUCACUCAUGGUGGUCAAGUAGCAGUUCAAAUAAUAAAGGGGAUGAUUAUUGGUGGGCUUUUUUUGAAUGUUGUAUGAAACUGAUUUGGAAUAGAUUUUAUUUCUUGUGCACACAACCAAAAUUUGUUCAGUGUGUGUGGCAGUUAGUUGGGGAUUAACCUGUAGGGUAUGGAAAUUUUUUAUUCUCUGUGUGUGAGAUGAGUUCAAUGUUCUGACUCUGAAGGAAGAUACUUUGCUUAAACUCUUAAUUAUAAACAAAGAAAUCACUCAAUAUUAGGAAUUUGUGCCGUGUUCUGGGAAUAAUAUAAAGAGAACAACUGAUUUCAAUCAGAUUUUGCCUGCCUUAUAAUUAGUGCAGUCUUCUGUCACAUCCUGAAAAAACAAGAUAAGUGUAUUUUGGGGUGGCAGAGGGAGUCUUUCAAGAGUUAGAACAGAUCACCCCAGUGCAAAGCACUUUAUUUCAGCAAGCUUUUGAGGAAAAGCUCAGCUAGUAUUGGGCUUGAUGUUUUUAUUUUGCUGAGCAAAAUAAAGCCAAUGGAACACAUACUGGUGUUCCCAUUGUUUUUCUCUUUAAGUAUAACCCACGGUGACUAGAAACUGGGUAAUGUUGCACUCCAAGUCCUUUUUAUUUGCUUCUUUCAAAACUUGAAUGGUUUCCAGAAAUUUUUAUUCAAUUUUUAUUUCCAGAAAAGCAACAAAAUUCUACUGGACAAUGGCAGUAUCAUCAGUGAGAAAAAUUACUGAAGAAUAAAGCCUUCCCCACAGCAGUGUUAUGUAUGGAUAAGAAUACCAUGUACCUAAGCCAAAGAAUGUCUCUUUUCUUCUCACUUCUAUUAAGAGAGAAUAAAAUAGGAUUACAUGUAGUUAUUUUAUAAGUCAAAAAGAUCAUCACCUGAAACAGGAAUCCAAAACAAAAACACAGAAAUAUAAGCAUGUGAAACAGGACACAGUGAAGAUAACAGAAAAAUAUUAGAGUGUGUGUAGCCAGCUUGGAGCCAUUUACAUUUAAUUUGACUAAAAAGAAAACUAAAAUAAAGCUUUGUGCACACACUUUGCAAUCCGCAAGUUAAUAGUUAAAAGAAUAUUUCCAAACAAAAACCUCUUUCACUGUAAUAUUGUGUUUUCCUCCACCCGCUUCCAAAUCAGGUGUUUCUAGUAUGGUCUAUAGUAAUAAUUGAAGAGAUCGGAAAUAUGUCUGCUUGUUUAUGUAGAAAACAAUGCAACUCUUUGUACUGGUGGACCCUUGUAUUAUUUUACAAAGCAGGCAUAUGUCUAGGCAUACGUCUAGGCAUGCAGUUUGUGGAUGGCUGAAUUUGUGAGACCAGUCAUGGAACACCAAAAACCAGUCAUCAGAAUGUCUGCUCAAAUGCAGAUGGACAAAAAUAACAUCACACGUAUUGUAGCUGAAAUUUUUGAACAGGUAAAAGAUGUUAUCACCUAAGAUAUGGGACAUAUUCCCCUUACUGUAGUGUCUGGGCAAGUCCUCCUGAUGGAUGAAAUGAACUUUAGGACCACCGUGAGUCCCAGCAUGGGCCAUCUUACCUUUUUGCACAGAAGAAUAACUUCAAGAUCAGCUUGUAAAUUAAAGGUUUUGAAGAGAUGCGUGAAAUGAUAAAAUUGAUUCUGUCCUUAGCAGAGGCAAAUCUGAACAGUCUUUUUCUUUUUUCCUCAGUAUAACUUAGAAGGAAGACUGGGAAUACUCGGUCCUUCCAGCUGCCAGCAUCGAUGCCGUGCUCUCUUCAAGUCUAUUUCAUCUUACAUUUUAGGGCAGAGUUCUCUUUUGGCUGCUUAAAAUGGGAGUUGGUAGGGUUUUUCUGGUGUAGAAUAACCUGUGUCUGUCUACUGCUCUCUGAGAGUAGCCUGAGAAAGGCUGAGAGAGAAAACUGCACAAAGUAGCCUACCAUCACCUAUGCCAGGCAGUAGUUUUUGGAGGUAUAUUUUGUAAAUUCAGCUGUAGGUUAGUGAGAGUGGUGUUUCUUGUUAAUUAGCCUGUGGUGACAUUUCCUUCUUCUAGUCACAUGCAAACCUUUCCAGGGUACCGAGGGGUAUAUAGAAAGGACUCUAGAAAAAGUGAUAUUUUAACCUCCAAUGUUAUAACUCUUCUAGAUCUCUUAGUGAGGGAAAAAGUAGAAAAUCAGGUAGAAUUGGGCCUUGGGUCAAUAAAUGAUAUAAAAGUGUAUGAUCUAUGUGUGGAUGUGUAUGUCUCUCCAAAAAAUGAUAAAACCAAAAUAUAGCAAUUCAUCUUUGUCCAUAUUCUUAUCAUAAAAACACUAGAAGCUUCCCUGAUUCUUUGUGCUUGCUCCCCACUGAGCUAAGAGUGGUGGGGCCCUUUUGAUGUCUUAGCCACAGAGCUACCUAUGGUACAGUCCUGGCCAUGAGCACCUGAGGUCUCACAGAAGCUAGAUACAGCUCAUGUUUCCAAAUCAGUCCUGUGGAUUUUGACAGUAGAGCAGAAAUGAUCAGUAUUUUGGAUUAUUCAAGUAUUUUUUGGAAAAGUGGAAACAAGUCCCACUGAUCCCUAGGCUUGUAUUAACAUCCCAUGCUUAUGAGCUUCGGGACAGGUGGCAUCCUGAGUUACCAUCAGAUAAGCCCACAGCAUCUGACAAAAAUGAGGCAGAAAAGGUAGGCCAGAUGUAAGGCAAAAUCAGAUUAUCUUUAUUCAAAAUGUUAGGUGAACCUCAAAAUGGCCAGUUCCGUGGCCACACGUUGCAAUCUGAGUACAGUCAUGCACUACAUAAUGAUGUUUUGGUCAGUGACAGAACACGUGGAAGAUUGUGGUCCUGUAAGAUAUUGAUAUGGUCUCGGUGUCUAGUAGGUCAAACCAUCUGGGUUUGUGUAAGUCUGCUCUGUGAUGUUCAUAUGUAGUGAAAUCACUUAAUGGGACAUUUCUCAGGAUGUGUCCCUGUGGUUAUGUAAUACAUGGCUGUAUUUGAUAGAAAUUGAAUUUGAGCAAGCCAAAUGCCUUUAUUUUAGGUAGAAAGGACCUGGAUCUUCCAUUUUGUAUUAAAUCUCAUUGUUAUUUGGACUAAUUAAAAUGAGUCUUCCUUUCAGCUUGUCUGAGACCACUAAAGAGUUCUUCAAAGAGAAAUUUGUGGACAACCAUAAUUGUUCCUAGUCCAUUCAUAAUUCUGCAUUGAUAGUUAUUUUUGUCCCUAUCUGGAAAUAUUAAAGCCAAAGUUGCCUGAAUAUGUGAGUAUUUUCCUUAAUUUGCAGUGUAAAGACUAUACAAAUAAUUCCAAAGGUAUUGAAAGUUUCCAUGUAUUAGUGCAUGUUGGUGUCAUUAUAUCCAGAGAGAUUUCAAGAAAUCUUUUGGAAAUAAAAGGUUAAAUGUUUACAUUUCAUGGGAUAUUUGAGGUGUUAGCAAUCUAAUUAGCUUACUUUUUUGUCUUUGGAUUUCUUCUUUGUAGACAAAUAGGAAUAGUGCAGAAAUAUUUCUAAUAUGGAAAUUAGAAAAAAAAUCAAAUCAGUGUCAGCCUGAAGAUAAAGUGUGAUCUCAUAGCACUUUUUCACGUGCUGUAGGUUACUUGUAUGGAAAAAGAAGGUGCAGGGAACUCUAUGUAUUGCCCUUGUGUCCAGCACUUAAUCCGUGGAAGGAACGAUCAUGAGCAGUUCAUUAAACACAAACUAUUCUUGAAAAUACAACAAGAUUUUUUCUUAAAAUACUGCUGUCCUCAGAAUCAGUGUAGGUUUCUCUUGGAGAAAUGAAAUUGUGCCAUUUUCAAAUAGCCACAUAGUAAUUAUCACUAGCCCACCUGCCGCAUCUUAGUUCUUUGUGGUGAUUGGCCGAAGGCCCUGUGGUUUUCUUUAGCAUGGACAACACCCUCCCACCCCUAGGAGGCGCUCAGUGCAUGCGGAGGAGCCCUGUCCACUCUGCUGUUAGAACUGCUCUAAUAAUUACUCAGAGGUAGUGUGUUUAGUGCUGGUUUUCACGGAGAAAAUUGUAUUGGAGAACAUAAAACUUCUUAAGUAUUGAGACCUACAGACACCCAAAGACACUUAGUCUUUUGUAGGUAUUCCCAAGUUGAGUUCUUCACGAAGACUGAAAGGAAUGCAUUACCAAAUGGGCGCACACCGAGCCAGAGGAAUUUCACAAGUCUCUGCAGUCAGGUGGCAUACGGUAUCUCCACACAACGGCGCCUUCUCAGGACUGCUGAGGAAGGGACAGGAGGGGCCUGGUACCCUAGGGUCUGUCUUGUUUGAUCUCAUUCAUUCACAUUCCUUUCAGUUUUCUAGAUUCUUGAUAAAAGGAAGCAGACAGGUUGUCAUUUUUCUGCUUUGGAUUUCUCACUAGCUUUUGCAUCAGUCGUGUGCCACACCUCUUCCUCCACCUGGUUCCAUUUUUCAGAAAGAAGUUAUUGUGCCAGUGUGUGUGUUUCCAUAUCAUGGGUCCGUGCAGGCAAGGCUUGGCUUGCUGUGUUGGUGUAUGUUUUGUGGCUAGAAUCCAGAAACAACAGCUCUGAGUAAGGUUUCAUGCUUGACAAAAAAAAAAGAAAAGUAGAUUUCUUUCUUUUUGGGGGGCAGGGGCUAUAAAAAUCAAAACUGUCAUUAUAAAACUACACUUUAAAAAUUAAGGAUUUUUAAAGGUAGCUGCAAAAAUAAAUAAGUAAAUGAAGGUUCUAUAACAGGAGCAGUUACGUGAUGAUUCUAGAACUUCAGCUGAGAGCUUCAUUAAUUGAAACAUGAAAAACACCCUCCAAGUUUGAUUUCCCACAGCUCCGUAAGGCCCUUAAUUAAGCUCAUGAUUUUUAGCAAUAUCUUAUGUGCCCGUGUCGUAAUCAUCUGCUUCCACAACCAUUUGUUGGCAUGGAAGGGGCUGGUGGCUAGCUUUUGGUUUGAUUUUUUUUCAGUUUUCAGUGAGAAAUAGGAUAAGUGACACCCUUACUUUACUUGUUUUCUUAAAACAAUGCAGUGCUUGAGCAUCUCUGUCAGAAAUAGAAUGAUGUACUGUUAGCCAAUUAGAAUUAUUUCAUGUAUUGUUAUUGUGUUUUGCCGAUUUUAUAUGAAAAUAUAAUUAUUCAUUCUUGGUCUCUGGAAGCAAUCAUUAUUAUGAGAAUCAUUUUACUUUGGAAACACUUUCAUAAUAAAGAUAAGUAUUAAGA